AUGGAGGGAAUUCCACCGCCGAAUAUAAAUUGGGAUAGUACCAAUUUGCCAGACGAAUGGCAAAAGUUUGAAGAGCAUGCAAAAUUAAUAUUCAACGGCCCGUUACUGAAGAAGAGUGAAGAGCAGGAUAGCAAUACCGUCCCACUACUUAGUUUACAAACAUCUGUUAACCUUAACCUGAUACAAUUGACAUACUCAGUAGAAACCUCUACACCACUUGAUGAACAAAAGAUCUUAUCAGAGUAUGGAGAUGUAUUUAAAGGCAUCGGGGUCAUUCCAGGUGAAAGUAAAUUGCACAUUAGGCCGGAUGCAAUUCCUAUCAUUAAUCCUCCCCGCAGGGUUCCGGAGGCAUUAAGAGACAGGUUAAAAAAUGAACUCCAGCACAUGGAGAAAGAGGGGAUAAUUACAAAAGUAACGGAACCUACAGAUUUUGUUAAUUCCCUUGUGAUAGUUGAGAAGAAAACAGGGAAAUUGAGGUUAUGUAUUGACCCUAAAAACCUGAAUGACGCUAUACGAAGGCCACAUUAUCCUAUGCGAACUAUUGACGACGUGACGUCACGACUGACGGACGCAAAGUGUCACAGAAGUGCCUUUCUUAAGACACCUUCAUCACAUCAACAGGACUUGAAACCUGAUCCCUCGAAAAUCGAGGCAAUAACAAAUCUUAAGGCUCCAACGACAAGACAAGAGUUAGAGCACGUGCUUGGCAUGGCAAAUUAUUUACAAAAAUUUGCGCCAAACUUGGCUGAGGUCACCCAGUCCAAUGAGAGGAUUACUGAAAAAAGAUAUUGA